AUGGAAAAUUUAUUAAUAAAUUUAGGUACAAUUUCAAAAGUUAAUUUUAAAAAUAGUUCAACACUUGAAUAUGAUUUUUGUAAUACUCAAAAUACUAGUCAACCAAUUGUAUCUGUAGGUUGUUAUGAAAAUCAAAUUAAUAGUUUAAAUCUUGGACAAUCAAAUUCAUAUGUGAUUAGUGAUGAUUUUUUAUGUUUUGAAAAUUUAAAUGAUCUUUCACUAAAUUCAACAAUUUACAAUAGCACUCUUUAUUCGGCAUUACCGCAAAAUUUAGAAUUUUUAAAUUUGUAUGGUAGUAAUUUACUAUUCUCUCAAUUACAACCAUCAUUAAAUUACUUUCACGCAUCCAUUGUUAGCCAAACAAUUGAAACAACAAUUAAAUUUUCAUAUUUAAAAAACUUAAUACAAUUUUCAUUAAAUAUUCCACCAUGGAUUAGUUUAUCAUUUAUAUCACAUUCAAUUUUUUUUGAAAAUGAUUUGGAUGGUUCUAAAAUAUGGGAAUCAGAUAAUAGUAUUAUAACAAGGAAUAUACCAUUGCUUAGAUUUAUUAAGGGUCGAUUUGAUAUGGUAUUACUUCCCAAUUUUUUACAAUCCUCAUGGAGUAAUAUAUCGACAAUCGAAAAUAUAACCUCUUUAACAAUUCAUUCAAAUGAUUUUAUUCAAUUUCCAUCAUUUGAAUUUUCUCAAAUUAGAUCUGAUAAUUUAAAGUUGAUUUGGAUUGAUUCUUAUAUUUCUAGUGUGCCAAGUAUAAUUGAUUUUUCAUCAAUUGGUAAUUCAAUUGAAUCAAUGAGUUUUACAAAAUGUGGUAGAAAUUUUCAAUAUGGCGGCGGUUUAUUCCCAUUUAUUUUACCAAAAAACAAGAAUUUCAAAUCAUUUUCAUUUUCAGGUGGAUAUAUUGAAACACUUGAUUUCUCAUUAUUUAAUAAUGUUGAAAUUUUAACAUUAGAAAAUAAUGUUAUCUCUGGUUCAUUUCCAUUAGUUUUCAAUAUAACAUUAUUUGGAAAAUUGAAAUAUAUUAAUAUUAUGGAUAAUAAAAUAACAGGUACCAUUGAUGAUUCAUUCUGUUCUGUUGAUUUAUAUGUAAGAAAUAAUUUAAUGAAUGGUACUAUACCAUCAUGUUUUACAUGUUUCUUAGGAUUACCAAGUUUUAGUUAUAAAUUCUCUGGUAACAAUUUUACAAAUAACUAUCCAUCAUCUACAUCAAUAAUUAUUCCAAACUUUAUGCCAGGUAAUGUAAAGAAUUUUACAACUUAUUUAGAGUAUGAAUUCUUUAUAUUUGGUGAAAAUUUAGGUGGUAUUUGGAUUCCAACAAACUUGGUUGUUGAUGAUUUUGGUAGUUAUUAUGCUAGUCAAUUUUUAAUUGUUAAUAAAUUAAUAAGGGUUGUGUCUUAUUCAAAACUUCCAGAUGUUAUUUCCAUGAAAUAUAGCCCAGUGGAUCCAAACUAUUUUUUUAAAUUAUCAACCAGAAAUAUUAAUCCUCUUUUAGAAAAGGUUGAUUGGCAAUCAAGUGCUUUGAAUUUGGUUUUCGAUGGUUCAUUCUUUACAUAUAAUAAAUCAAUUGUAAAUAUUACAAUUGGUAGCGAUAAUUGCUUUGUAACAAGUACAUCAUUUAAUCAAAUAUCAUGUACAGUCUUCAAUAGUAUAGAUUCCUUUAAAAACAUUUUAUCAUAUAUUACAAUUGGUAAUUUAACAACUCAAUUCACUUUAAAUCCAGGUUUAAUAAAUAAAAUUUUAAACUGUUCUGCUUAUAAUGAUUGUAAUGGUAAUGGUUAUUGUUUAUCUGAUAUUGGUAAAUGUCAAUGUGAUUCAACACAUCAAGGUGAUGAUUGUUCUUUGCCAUAUAUCGAUUGUAAUCCACUUGACUGUAAUGGUAAUGGUAUUUGUACAACUCUAACUGGUAAAUGUCAAUGUGAUUCAAAUCAUCAAGGUGAUGCAUGUGGAUUACCAUUAAAAGAAUGUUUAAAUGAUUGUAAUAGUGUUGGUCAAUGUAAUAAUCAAACUGGUAUUUGCUCAUGUCAAAUCACUCCUUUUGGAUGGACUGGUAAUGAUUGCUCAAUUCCAUUACAUACAAUAUCAGCAGUUUCACCAAGUGACAUCAAUGGUGGUAAUGCUUCAAUUUAUGGUUGGUUUGGUAAUAAUCAUACUAAUCCACAAGUUUUCAUUGGUAAUAUACAAUGUAUACCAAUUUAUAAUAUAUCUGAAAGUGAAAUUAAUUGUAAAGCACCACCAGGUACAGGUUUAAAAUCAGUUAGCGUAAUUCAAAAUUCAAUCAAUGUAACAUCAAAAGAUAUUUAUCAAUAUUAUUCAAAUGAUAAACAAUGUCCAAAUCAUUGUACAUCGGCAUCAAAUGGUAUUUGUAAUACAACAACUGGAUAUUGUAAUUGUAUUGGAAGAUGGAGCGGUUAUGAUUGUAGUUUAUAUUCAAAUCCAAGUGGUGGUGGCAGUAGUGGUGGUAAUAAUGGUGGAUUACCAGGAUCUAAUACAACAAUAGAUGGUAAUACUGGUAAUACAAAUAUUACAAAUCAACAAACAAAUUAUCAAAUUUUAAUUACAAAAUUAAUAGAGAUAGAUUUCAAUGGUAAUCAAAUCAAUGAGUAUCUAUUAUUAAAUAAAUGGUCAAUAAUUUCAAAUAUUAGUAAAACAGUUUACACAUUCAUUCAAUCAAUUCAAAAUGAUAAAUGUAAUAUCACAUAUACAAUUGAAGAAGUUAAUAAAGAUAGAGAUGUAUCAUUUGCAGGUAUUAAUUUUAAAUUAACAAGUGGAUCAGUUAAAAUGACAGUAUCAAUUGAAAACUAUCAAUAUUCAAGUAAUUUAAAUACUUUACAAUUACAAAUGAAAUCAAGUGUAAAUGAAAUUCAAACAAAUAAUGAAAAUGAUUGUAACGAUGAUCAAAUUGAAAUCAAUAAUACACCAAAUCAAGAUAAUUCAUUAAAUUAUAUAACAAUUAAAAAAGAUGCAAAAGUUUUAAAUGGUAGAUUUAUAGACAGAAUCGAAAGUGAUGGAAUAUCAACAUUUAUGAAAACUGUAUUAAUAUCAAAAUCAAAUGAUUCAAUUACAGUUGGUAUGAAUUUACCUCAUUGUACAAAGAAAUGUUUAUUAGAUCCUGACUUCUCUGUAUUGGUUAGUCCUGAAUUCGUUGACGGGUGCCGUGGAAAUGAUCAAAAAUUUUGGGUUUUACCAGUUGCCAUUACCGUACCAGUGGUUGCAUGUGCUUUGAUUAUAGCACUAUUAUACGUAAUUUAUAAAAAAAGAUUUGUUGAGGCCCGUUUCAAAAGACAGAUUAAAUUAUUAAACAGAAAAUAA